CUUUCACAUAUUUUCUUUUUGAAGGAUAUUACAUGUACAUAGAGGCUUCUAAUAUGAUCUAUGGACAGAAAGCACAACUUAUUUCAAGGUUAUUACGAAAGACGUUUGGACAUCAGUGCCUUAUAUUUUUUUAUCAUAUGUAUGGAAGUGGGACAGGACUGUUAAAUGUUUAUUUGAAAAAACAUGGUGCAAAAAAGGAGACCCUCAUCUGGAGAAGACGUGGUGAACAAAGCAUCUCAUGGUUAAGGGGCCUAAUAGAAUAUACAUGUGAUAAAUCUCACCAGAUUAUAUUUGAAGCAAUGCGUGGAAUAUCAAUAAGAAGUGACAUUGCUAUAGAUGACAUUUCAUUUCAGAGAGGACCCUGUAAAGAAAUGGAAGAAACUACACUACAGUCAUCUGGAUAUUCUGCUGAUUUUAAUGAAAUAGAGUACUGAACUCUGCAGAAGCAGAUGGAACACCCAAUGCCUUCUAUACAGUAGAAACUGCACAAACUUGUCUGUACUAUCAAAUUUAAAAAUAACUACUGGAUUAUUUUAUUAAGGACACAAAGGCAUAGGAAUAACUGAGGAAAGAUUUAGUGCCUUGCUUAUGAAGUUGCUGACUCAGGGUUUCCCUCACUUUGUUUUUAUGCAUUUUACUUUGCAUAUGUGACAUCAGUUAUUCUAAAGAGCUUUUGAAUUUGCAUCAAAUGUGCAGUAAUAUAGAUUAUUUUUUUUAGAAAAAUUUUCAGGCAUACAAUUAUAGAAAAUAAAAUGGACACAAUCUGUCAUUGUGUUAAUAAAAUCUGCAUUCAGUGAAUGUCUUGUUGGCAAAUAAUGGAUUUGGUUUAAGAAUUCUGAAAUAGCAAAGAAAUAUUACAAACACUAUUAACAUUUUAUACAUUUUUUGAAAACGUUUCUGAUAUUGUUCAGGAAAACCAGUAUCUGUUGGAACCCUUUGGUUGUGCCAAAUUAAUUAUGGAAUCCUAUGCAUGUCUACUCAGAAAUGCAUGACAUUGAUCUCAAUGACAGCAACUCCCAGGUGAUGUGCAUAGGUUUGCAAUAUAAGGGUCUCACCAAUAAGAUGUUUUAAUUAUUAUUUUACUGUUCUUUGCUAAUGAUUAUUGUAAUGAAUCCAUUUAUCCAGGCUACAACCAACAAAUAAACCUCUGUAAGUGUUCUAUAAAAUAUAAUGCAAUACAUCAAUACUGAGCAGCAUACAUUAGAGGAAACUGUUUGGAAUGCAGUUUUAUUUUUUAAUAUAUUAGUGGUUUGAGAGACUUGUCCAGAAUGACUUUUAAAUUACAGUUAACCACAAAAUAUUCCUGUUUGAAACAAAUGAUACACAUUUGAGUGCUGAGUAUGUGAUAAAGAGAUGUGCAUUUCAUAUAUGUUUAUGUGUGUACAAAUGCUUUUUCUGUAAUUUUAACUGAUCUAAUAAAAUAUGAUUUUAAUUCACUUUAACUCCACCUGUGGCCAGAAAUGUACCAAUUAUUUUCAGUAAAAUUGAUGUUUUUUCCACAGUCAUCCAUACAGUGGAAACUGCCAGACCAGGCUGCUUCAAUUAGCUAACUAUGUAAAUAUAUUUAGAAAAAGCAGAUGGUCUGUAAUGUAACAUAAAUUGCCAAUUGCUGUAACGAACAAUUCUGUUAAUAAUAUGUACCCAGCUUUCAAUUGCCAUGAGUAUGAAAUUCAGACUAUUAACACUUAAAAGAACUGGGAACAGUACAUCUAAAGAAAUUACCAUCAUAUUAUUCCCAUCUGAGAUUUUCAUUGCUGGUAAAUAAAAACAAUUUUGUUUAAAAAUACCUUUCAAAAAAGAGAAUAUAUGGCUAUAGAAAGUCAUUGGCAUUCUGCACAUUUAAUAAAUACCUAGCUAUUUAAUAUUUUUUAUUAUUGGAAAGAGAUUUUGAAAGGAUAUACACUUUUUGGUAAAUAUAUGGGUUGCAAAUAUUUUAAAUGUUAAAAGAGAAACAUUUCUUUUUCCAGAAAAAAAUCCUUAACAAACAACAUGGUACCCCUACUCUCCCUUGGUGCCCACUGACAUUAUUUGCUUCUCCAAUGGUUUGUUUUUACUGAGUAGAGAGCAGAGCGCUGGCUUUAGCUGCCUUACUGUUUCCUUUUCCUUUCCACAUUUUAUUUAUUUCUAUUUAGUCACAUAAAGCCUUUAGGAUCUACACAGAUAGAAAAGGAUUCUUCAGUGAAGAAAAGAUGUUGGAGCAGUUAGAGAUUAAUAAUUGGGCAAUCAGCCACCUGCCCAAACCUCUUGGAAUGGCAGCAGGAGUGACCUAGAAAAUGAGAAAGCCAAUGCUGCAUAUGUGAGUGAGUAAAUGAGUGUGUAUGAGAUAAAUAAGUGACUAGGAUAAAUAGAUGUUACAGAAUCAUAGAGUUGGAAAAAUCCAUUUAGGUAAACAAGUCUAACAACCUGUUCAGUGCAGAAAUCCAAAUUUCCAACAAGUGUACAUCUAAUAUCUGAACAUAUCCAGGGAAGAGAACAUCAUCAACUCUCUGGAUAAUUAGCUCCACUGCCAAACUGCUCUUAGUGUUAAGAAGAUUUUUCUAACAUUCAGUUAGAAUCUGCCUUCUUGCAAUUUGAAUUCAUUAUUCCAGAUCCUGGAUGCUUCAGUGACAGAGAGCAGGUCUUUGCUGCCUUCUAAUUUUUUUUAGGUACUAAAAGAAUACAUUUAUCCUCAAUCUUCUGUUCUUGAGGCUAAAUAUUCCCAGUUCUUUCAAUCUCUCGUUGUGGGACCUAGUUUCUAAUCCCCUUAUUAUCCUUCUGGCCAUUCUCUGUACCUGUGUCAGGUUGUCUAAAUCCUUGCUAAAGAUUCGUUUUUGGAAGAAGACAUAAUGUGAAAUCUGAUGCACAUGAGGGGAACUAUUACUUCCACUAUACUUCUGUUGACAUAGCUUAAAAUUGCAUUUUUUGUUUGUAUCCAAUGUAACAGCUGACUUAUGCUCGGUUUGCAGUCAAUUCCAAGAUCUUUUUCACAACAACUGUUAUCAAGCCAUUUAUCAUAUAUUAUAUAACUUUACAUUUGAUUUCUCUUUUCUAUAUGAAGAACUUUGUAUUUAUCGCUGUAAAAAUCAAUUUUGCUCAUUUUUGUCUUCCAAGCUACAGUGUUAGCUAUCCCAAUUAAUCUUGUUUCACCUGCAAAUCUAACAAGUACUGCCACCAUCCCUUUAUCAUCAUUCAUAAAAAGAGUACAGUACCCAGGGCUGAAUCUCUGGUAUUCCUCUUGAUGCCUCAUUGCAGUUUGAUGAAGAACAACUUACUCUGAGUAAACAAGUAUUCCCUUAUUAUUUUUCCAUCAAUCUCAAGCAUCAUUCCUGUCUCUUAAUAAUGCACUUCAGAAGCGCUUGGUGGAAUACAUACCCUUCAGUUAAAGUUUGAGCCAAAAUAAAAAACUGGGUAUCAUUGCUUUUUCUUUUUACCUAUUAGCAUUUUGCUAUCCUUAGGGAACAGCUGCUUUGUUUUGUUUUAUUUUCAGGCCUAUCUAAAGAAACCUUUUUUUAUUGUUCUUACCUUCCUUUGCUCACUUCAGCUCAUUCUGAGCUUUUGCUUUCCUGAUACUUUUUUUCUAGUUCUCGGCUAUUUUUGUAUACUUUUCCUUGUUACCAGUCCAGUUUCCACUACAUAUAUGUGUCCUUUUUUAUUUUCUGAUACUCAUUACAUUUUCAUACCCUUUAUUUUUUCCUCAUCUUAGAUCUGUAGAAUGUGAGAUAAUCUUGAAAGAGACAGAGAACGAUGGGUUUAAAAAAGCAAAUGAGACUCAGAAUCUUGAAUUUAGGUUCUUCUAGUCUCACUAGUUUGCUGUAGCAACUAUUUUCUGAGAGCGCACACAAUAUUUUCUGAGACUAUCAAGGAGGUAUUUCUUUUAAUCUAGAGCAGUGUUUCUCUGGGGAAUUCUUGGACUUGUAGUCCACACAUCUAAAAUUGCCAAGGUUGAGAAACUGAUUUACAGCAAAAAUAUAAGUUAUUAAAAUUAUUUUAGCUGUGUAGUUGGUAGCCUUAUUUCCCACCCCAUUUUCUACUCCUGUACAAAUGGGCAUGGAGAUGAUGAUUGUUAGGAAAUAAUAAAUUCAUAUUGUCUUACUUUUCAUGGUUACUUACAGUAGUAUGUAUA